AUGGCUUGCAAAACUGCUUUUCAUAAAACCAGGUUCCAAGAAAUGUUUGAUCCUCCUUAUUAUGAACUGUUUUCGCUAAGGGACAAAGACAUUUCUGCAGAUCUGGCAGACUUGUCAGAAGAAUUGAACAACUACCAGAAGACGCGGCGCUCCUCCACCACCUCCCAGUGCAUCCAUGACCACCACUGUGGGUCGCUGACCUCCAGCGUCAAACAAAGCAGGGCCAACCUCAGUUCCAUGGAACUUCCUUUCCGAAAUGACUUUGCACAACCACAGCCAAUGAAAACAUUUAAUAGCACCUUCAAGAAAAGUAGUUACACUUUCAAACAGGGACACAAGUGCCCUGAACAGUCCCUAGAAGAUCGAGUAAUGGGGGAGAGUCCCUGCGAAAUUUAUGUCAGGGAACGAGAAGAUUCUGCAUAA